GGCGCAUGCGCAGGCGGAAAUUGAGCAGCCAUCGCCCUAGAUAACGGUAUCAAGCGACGACGAGAGUUUGCGGCCGCGCGCGAGUGGAUGUCGACGUCGGGAAUUCGGCCGUAGCGGACUGGAAUUGCGGCGGGCCGACGUGUGCGUACGUGUGUGAGAUUGGGCGCCGCGCAAACCGAGAACCGUUGGCACCGAGCGAGCGGGAUGGCCCUGCUGGGGAGGAGCAGCGCCUAGUCUCCGACCGAAAACCCCCCUUUCGCCUCGCAUCGCAGCGACGCCGCCCGCCGAAAGUCGUCGGCCCUAGCAGGAAGCUUUUUCCGCCGAGUAGAGAGUCUGCUUUGCUGAUCCAGAAUGCGCGAGUACAAGAUCGUGGUCCUGGGCAGCGGUGGUGUCGGCAAAUCGGCCCUCACGGUGCAGUUCGUGCAGGGCAUAUUCGUGGAGAAGUACGACCCCACCAUAGAGGACAGCUACCGCAAGCAAGUCGAAGUCGAUGGACAGCAGUGCAUGCUCGAGAUUCUCGACACCGCCGGCACUGAACAAUUCACGGCGAUGCGCGACCUGUACAUGAAGAACGGCCAAGGCUUCGUGCUCGUCUACUCGAUAACGGCGCAGUCGACGUUCAACGACCUCCAGGAUUUGCGCGAGCAGAUCCUCAGGGUCAAGGACACGGAGGAGGUGCCGAUGGUGCUUGUGGGCAACAAGUGCGAUCUUGAGGACGAGCGCGUCGUCGGCAAGGACCAGGGCAUCUCCCUGGCGCGCAACUUCAACUGCGCCUUCAUGGAAACCUCAGCCAAAGCCAAAAUCAAUGUAAAUGAUAUAUUCUACGACCUUGUUCGGCAAAUCAACAAGAAGUCCCCGGAGAAGAAGCAAAAACUGAGAAAGAAGACUCACUGCGUCCUGCUCUAAUCGCGCCACCUUCACACCACUGAAAAUUUUCGGAAGAAAACCAACUGCUAUGAACCGAAAAGCUGAGCAAGUUUCCUUCCCUUCAAGAUGAAGUACUUUGGUUUAGAAAGAAAGAAAGACUCUUUGAAAGAAUCACACUAACCUGAUCACGCAGACACACACACUCACUCACACAAUGACACACAAACAGGCAAAACUGUCAAACUCACUGCUGGCACAAAUUGAGUCUCCCCUCCUCUCAGAUCGGUGUUGUUCGUUGGUUGGUUUUUGUGCUGCCGGCUGCGCAAUCUGGUGAUAAACUUUGGUUAAAUAUCGAGAGAACUGCUUUCCGCUUUUGUUUGAAUUUAUAUAUUUAGAGUUUUGUGCACCAAGAAAGAAAGUAAGAAAGAGUCCAUCUAUCUCCCAAGAGCCGCCUGACCGAUUAUUUUUCAAAAUUUCCAAAUUGUCGGUGAAAAGAUUUGUCACGCGGCUCCGAGUUAUUUUGUAAAAUUUCUAAUGCUAUGUACUACUGCCAUCAUCUCUUACUCCACUAUAACUAUCGCUAAAGAAGGAACUGUCAGUCGGGUUGGCAUGGCGUUGCAUUUCUAGAGUUUGUCUGCGCCUCUCUGGUCCCGUCACCGGCCCUUGCGUGCCAAAGACGCCGUCUGUGAUUUUGGCCUGAUGAAAAAGAGAAAAAAAGGAAAUUAUUUCCGAGCCGACUGGGCUGGUGCGACAUGGGCCGGAUGCUCAGGCAACUCGAACCAAACAAACUAAAAUCAAAUUAGGAAGAAUCGACUAUUAUUGUAAACAAAUGAGGAUAUAAUUAUAUUGUCAUCCAACAACUUUUAAUGAAUGUGUAACAAAUAAGUGUGUGUCACCCUUCUGAUGAAUGAGAAUCGGACAACUUCCUAAAAAGCUUCGGGUCUCGAGCGAGUUUGGAAAUGUGGUCAAUCUCUGUGCAACUGGAAAUAAUUAUAAUAAUAAUAAUUGGGAGUCGCUAUAUUUUUUGCUGAUCGAUGUGAAUUUGAUGUACAAACAAACAGAGCCCUAUCUCUAAAAUCCUACCGGACCAAUAAUAAGUAAAUUAUCGUAAAUGGUGAGCAAUGUCGAUGUCUUUCAAAAAAAGCUUGGAAGAGCUCAGUAAUAAUUCUCGGUUUCUUUUCCAAACUCGAAUCGGGGCCCGAUUAUUUCUAAUUUUGUAUUCGGAGAGAAAUUCCGUUGUGCAAACCUGGUGAGGUUUUACUUUUCCGUUUCAUUCAGCUUUCUUGAUCCGACUUUUAUAAGUUUUCUAAGCAUUAUUAUAUAUUUUUCUCCCUCCUCCCACGAGCUUUAAAAAAAACAUGUAUAACCAACUUCUAUUAUUACCAAUCGCUUAUCGCUACAGGAAUUGAAAAGAAAAAGAAGUGAUGUUCGAAUAAUCAGUUUUACGUUCACGUUUGGCAUUUUUCUCAACGUUAUACACUGCAGGCGACGUAAAGUGAGACUGCUGGAGCGUCUCGAAGCAAGUCAGUGUAAUUAAUUAUGAUUAUUAUUAACUAUUGUAAUUAUUAUUAACGAUAUAAAAAAACACACACUUUUCCGAUGAAAUUGGAUGCAUUUUUGAGCAUGUUCAAGUUUUGUGUUGGAAAAAAAGUACAGUCUCGUUGAAUAAGUGCGACGAGUGCAUUUUUCUGGGAAAUCCACGUCGCUGAUAAGUGGGACAUAUACUGGGUAUUAUUUAAGGAGAAUCAAAAAUCAUACGAUUUUCUAUAAUUAUUUGUUUAAGGCGUUAACAUUAUGCAACUUUAGAGAGGCAAUUAAAUAUUAAACGAGAGAGUGUGCGAAGUAAUCGUGGCAAUUAAUAUCAGCACAAACAGACAUCGGGGUUUUAGUCUAAUGGAUGGCUAUUUUUUUUAUAAAUGGAAUGGUUCAUCCCCUCAAAAAGAAUAAAAAUUAUAAACCAAGAAAUGCUUGAAACUGUCCCCCGCUCUGCAUCCUCUGCCAAAAAUGCUGGGUUUUUGUUUUGGACGGGAAUAUUUGGAAAUUUAUAUGGAUAAAAAAAAAUAUGAAUGGAUAUAACAACUGCCCUUUCCCUUGUAUUUUAAUCUCUGUUUUAAAGUUUAAGAUCUGUUCUACUCUUGUAAAAAUAAAACAUUUAAAAUUUAA